CCUACUUCAGAACAAUAAGAGAAAGUUAAUACGUUAACAUCUGUGCUCCCCGUGCUCCCUGCUCUCAUCCCACAGAAAUGAGAGAACACCAGUCUAGAAGAAUUUUGAGGUUUCAACAUCGACCAAAUGAUUCCAAAAUCUGAGCAUCAUCAGUUAGGUUAGUGCUGCACAAUGCAAAUUUCGUUAAUGAUUUCAUUAGGAAGGAAGGCUCUGCCUGAUGAACAGGGAUGACCUAGCUUCAGGUGGUGAUGAAUUUAUCACUGUCAGUUACUCUCCCCAUGACAUGCUGAACCUCCCUAAGCUACUUCCCAUUCUGCUCCUGAAUCAAGUGACAAUUAAAGUAUGAUAUUUAAUAAAAAAAAGAAGGAAGUAGGGUGGUAGUGCUAAGGAUGGAUUCUGUUCGCCUUAAGAUAUCACUGCAAACUGUGGCAGUGAUGCUGUGUGGCAAACUAAGAAUUCAGAAGGUGACUCACAGGCAGGGAAGAUGUCCCUGCAGCAGAGACAGGUGGACAGCUGAGGACAGCAGCCUCCUCCACCGUUCCAAGGUAAGCCACGAUGCUAAUCAGUCUGUGCUCCCAGUCUCAUCCCACUGUAGAGUUAGAGUGCUAAUGGCAGGUACCAUGAGGCUUUCUAGUCUUACCCUGAAAGCCUUAUUCUCAAAGGCUUAUGCUUUUCUGAAGCAUUCUGAAAAUAUUAGCUUGAAAACACAGGUGUCUCAGUCUUCAUAUCACAGAUAAUCUUUUUGCAUAAAGCACUUUGAAACUAAUGCAGUCCUUAAAAAACAGGUUGCCAUUUUAAUGUUGUUUUUAAAGUAGUAGAAUACAUACAGGCUUUCCACAGUCUUCCUUCUCAAAAUGCAACUUUUUACUGAAACUUUAAAUAGAAAACAAUCCAUCUGAAGGCAGAUUCUAAACAGGGGAAUUCACCUAAAAAUAUGAAAGGAUCAAAGGUUCUGAAUAAACAAAAGUAACGUUUCUACUACUCUGAGUUAGAAGGCGAAGGCCAUGAAUUUGCUCGUCAAUUCCUAGAGUUCAGACUGAGAAAUGUGACAGGGUGUGGACUAAAGAAACUUUAGAUCUGCCAAAGUAAAUGAGGUUAUUGACAUGAUAUUAUAUAACUGUUAGCAGGAGAUGCUUUUCCCUUUGAGUGCACAACUUUAAACCUAUCCUAAGGUGCCAGCUCAGAGACUGGAUUACUAAAUUCCUGAAGUGUAAGGAAAUCGGUUCAGCCAUAGAUUAUAAAACUGGCACAGGACUAGCAAGUCUCUAUUUUGCACUCUUGUGCUCAAAGAUCUAAACAAAAUAACGGAAUUGUCUAUGAUGAUUACACUUCUAUUGAAUUUGCAGCAGUAAAGUCUUGCAAACUACUUCCCAUUAUUUUACUGCCUAUUCACUCCUGGACCAGUUAAUAGUGCACAUAAAGGAAAACCACAAUGAUUUACCCAACACAGUAUUUUAUUCCUUGCUUAGGCACUCUCUUCAGAGAAAAGUGUGUAUCUGAGGGAGGGAUUUUGCAUAGCCUUAGUAAUAAAGUGUUCCAUGAACAAAUGAAACCCAGGACCAAUUCUAGCUCAUGGUCUACAACUCCUGAGCUUUGUUUAGUUCUCCUGUUGAGCAGACAAAACAUAACAAUGAUAGGCUGUAUUUAUAGAAACCAGGCAAGAAAAAAAGGUGUGGUGAAUAUUUGAUAUGGUAAAAUAGGAUCUUUCUCAAGAAAGUUCUUUGACUAGCAUAGAAUUAUGGUGGUUUUGCACUCUUAUUUUGAGCCACAUGUAGCUCAAGAAUGUAGGAAUUAUUAAAGAAAAAACAUAUUAUGAACACUUACCCUUCACAGUUCAGCCCUCUUGCAUUAUAUGUAGAUUUCAUAAAGCUUUGCUGUACUUGCCUUUGUAAGGUCUCCAACAGACAUUUGGAACUCAGCGAGAGUAUCUCAAAGUGAUGGAACAGGAUCAAGAUUCCUGAGAUUAUUUGAAGUGUGGUUGGAUUAGGGUGUUUGUCAUAGAGGGAUCAUGUUAGGUUCUUCCCUUUCUGCAGUGGCAAACAGACUCACUAUAGCUACUCAGGUUUAUUUUGGAUUUAUGGCUGAGUUAGAAAGCAGGGAGUCAUGUAAUGUACAAACCUGCACAAUCCAUCAGCCUUCCAACAUCUUAAAGUGGGAGCAUUAUGAAGUACUACAUACAGGACUAAACAGGGCCAGUCUGUGUGUAGGUAAUGCAAAUAUACAUAAUAUAUGUUGAAUUGUGGACGCCAUGAUCUUUUUACGGAAUUCUUGCUCUGCUUGUCACAUGCUCUAAACUGCAAAGGACUCUACAAGGGUCAAAACAGUCCUAUUUCUGCUGACUGGGGAAGCCGCAAUAUAAUUCAAAGAGGUUGAUGAGUUUACCACAUCAUGAAAAUAUGCAAGGCUAAGUUUAGUUACUCCCUUGUAAGAGCCAUCCUUCUGCAUCUCAGGGGAAGAUGCUCCCUCAAAAUAUCCAGAGAUCUGGAAUUCUGCAUCCUCCCUUGUCAUCUUAUAUAGGCUUGGAGUAUGAAUCACAUUGCAGGCAGCCUAAGCUUAUUCCUCCCUUCUCCUAGGUAAGCAAUUAGCAUUCCUCCCUAGCCAGCACAGCAAAAGCUCUAAGCAGAUCAACUGCAGCUAUCCAACCACAGUACACACAUUUAAAAAACUAAAUAAAGAAAUAAACAAGGCUGGUUUGAAAAAAGAGACAGAAAUGUUUUAUAAAUAUAAAUAACUGAACUCCAAGAGGGGGUGAAGUUAUGUGAUUUCACAAGAAGUACUAAGGCACUAGUACAAGAAGCAUGAUGUGUAUUAAUGAUGAUCCACUUUUGGCUACACAAUACAUAAGUGCUUUAUUAAUCUUACUUCCAUUAAAGUCAGAGUAUGAUCUCACUCUUGUGAUGGCCAGUGCUCUCCAUUUGCUAGAGACAGGUGCACCUCAACCUGUUUGGAGAUUCAUUGCAGAUGAGGCUCUCAAAUGGUAAGGUUUUGCCCCUAUCUAAAUUAAUACUAAAAUUCUGACAAACUUAAUUGGGUUCUUAGACUCCACAAAGCUGCUUUCAUUUUUUGUCUUCCAUCCUCCAGACUUCUUAAGUAUACAAAACAGUGCUAAGGCUUUCCUAAAACCACUUUUCUAAAAGAACUUUUGCAACUACCAGAAAUGUUGUGAGGAAAACACCCUUACUGGUAAGCCACAUCUUAGGUCCAAUUCCUACUAGUAAAAGAUUAAAGAAGAGGUCGAAAGCAAUGUGAGCUUUCCCUGAGAAAUAAGAAAGUCUCUCUCAAACCUCAGAAAAGUGUUAGGUUAGAUUACUUUAGAAUAAAGGCACAGGAAGCUUCUUGUUUGUCCACCUUCUGGAUAUUCUUACUCUGUGUUCAAAAAAAUAGAGAUAUACAAAACUAAAUAUAAUACAAAACUAAAUAUAAACAUAAUAUUAAAGUAGGGCUCCUUGAAGUAAGAUGUCUUGAAGGGGCUAGGGAGGGAGAAUAGGAUCAUCCUCCUGUAUGGAAUACUGCACCGUGUGUAUUCACAGGCUUAAACCAGACAAAGGGAUAACACUUCCACUGCAGAAAGGGCACACUUCAGGUUGUAGAAGAAAAACAUAAAGUAAACUCAAUUAAUUUGUUGAGAUGCACAGAAUGCAGUCUCCAACCCUGGAAUCAGGCAAGCACAUCAACAUUGUUUGCUUCUUUAUGCCAAUAAUAUCCCAGAUCAAUUAUCAGCAAGAGAGGGACCUCAAUGUUGCAUCUUUCAUGAACAAUACCUACCACAAAAUACACAGCAAUUUCUCUUCCCCAGUUCUUUUUUUUCUGAUAAUAUUUUGAAAAUAUUGCAACAAGUUACUAAAAGCUUGAGCUUGGUAGCCCCAGUCAGAGAUACAAAUUCCAGUAAAUUCACAUGCUACAAAGGGAAAUUGCUUUACCAACUGCACUUUUGAAGAGUCACAAACAGAUGAAUAAAAAGUGCAGCUUAUAACCUCUCUGCUGCUCAAUGAAUGAGCCUACCCUCCUGCGUCUGCAUCUAGCCGAUCUGGCACAUGCUAAGGAUGGUAUCACAAAUGUCGCAAGUUUUAAUAUACACAUACAACUACUUCACACUGUUUUAUAGCCAAGUAAAAUGAAAUAGCCAAAUUCCUAAGACAUAUAGUUGCAAUGUUAGAAGCUGGCAAACACAUUCUAACUAGGUCCAGAUGCUUUUUCUUUCUGCAUAAUUUGAAAUCUAACAUUUACAGGCACUGCAUGCCGCUCAGUUCUUUCCCCUCCAGCUUGAACUUUCAUUCUGGAACCAAGCAUUAUGCUAAUGAUCUCCAAGGACUUAGCAUUGUUGUUGCCUAGAAACAAAGGUUGCACAGGCUGUGGAAGGAGAAUGGAACAGAAAGACCUUGGAGCUGGGGAAGUCCUUUUUGCCAUUCCUCCUCCCCCUUGCACACUAACAUUCACAAGUUUCUUGAAGGGCUUCCAUCAAGGAAGUACGAUUCAGAAUUUGUAGGACUGUGAAAAGGAAAUUGUCCUGUGCUUCCUGCUCACAGGUUUAUUUACAGAUGGAAAGGCAAAUUCAUUACUCAAAGAAGAGGACAACUGCACAGUAACAGACCACAAAGGCGCAUCCCACACUGAAAAAAACAAGCAGCUUGUGACAUCUAUACCUUACCUUCUAAGCCUUCCUAGCUUCUAGCUGGGAGUAACAGCUAUUACUUUCAAAGUCUUUACUGGAGUUUCCACACUUCAUCCAUAGAAUCUGCUGUGUCUGUCUGUCUCAGCGGAGCAAGAUGGUCAAGGGGAAAGCAAAAGGUCCAAAAGGAAAGAGGAUCACCUUGAAAAUUGCUAAAAAUUCAAUAAGGGUAUCUUUUGAUGGAGGACUCCGUCUUGAUUUAAGCAAGAUGGGUAUCACCACCUUCCCAAACUGCAUUCUGAAACUGACUGAUGUGGAUGAACUUGAUUUGAGCAGAAACAUGUUAAAAAAGAUUCCAAGCAGCAUCGAAAAGUUCCAGAAACUGCGCUGGCUGGAUCUACAUAGUAAUCAGCUUGAGGAGCUCCCCAAGGCAAUAGGUACACUUCAGAACCUUUUCUACCUGAACCUAUGCAACAACAAGCUCACCACCCUGCCAAAAGAGUUGAAACUUCUCAAGAACCUGCAUAUUCUCAACCUUGGCUUGAACUGUCUUGACAGUAUUCCCACUAGUCUUGGAGCCCUUCAGGAACUUACAGAGAUAGGUCUCUUUGACAAUGCCUUGACCACUAUCCCAAACAGUGUAAAAACACUCCCGAAGCUUAAGAAACUGAAUGUAGAAAGAAAUCCUUUCCCAGAUUCAGCAAAUCAAGAAGAGGAUGCUGACUCCAUCAAACGCAUAGAAACGCUUUAUUUAGUACAAGAGAAAGACCUGUGCCAUUCCUGCCUGAAGACAUGCCAGGGUGAGAAGGACAAACUGAACAAAGUAAUGAACGUGACACCCAGCCCCUCAAAGCAGCCAAGUUUCCCUUUACUCCUUACACCCAAUUCCUCUGCAAAGGAUAACCAAGAAGAAUGGAGAGUAAGAGGCAAACAACCCUGAGAUCCACCAAGGCACUCCACAGAUUAUAUCCCAUGUACCAUGCAGUCCAGUCCAAGCUAAUAAAAAGUUGAUCUCCUUCCACUUUCUUUUUUCCUGCAGUUCUCUUCCUUUAAAGAUGUACUCAGUUCUAGAAGCAACAGGUCUGUGUGGCGUCUAAAUAAAAAACAAAACAACUAAACCAGGUGUUUAUUUGGGAAAGGGUGCAUAUGAGAAAGGAAGGACUAUUUCUAUCUCGACCUGUUUCUACAACAUUUUUCCAUGGUUGGGUUGGUUUGUUUGUUUUUUUCUGGUCUUCUCUACGUCCGGUGAAGUAGUCUUCAAAAUGAUAGGUUUUUCUAUUAACUCCACUUUCACCACUGAGCCCCAGACAUUAGUCCUUUUCAUUUUCAUAGGGUGAGACAUAGUGAAACUAGUCUCAGUAAAUAUAAUUUGGAGGAAAAGGAACAGACUUGGGAACCUUCUGCUGCUGAUGGCUACCACCAGCCCCCCAGAGAAUCUCAGAUAGGCACUGUCAGGGUAGGAAUCAUAAACCUAUUCCAGUUCAGCAGAGACAGCAGAAACAAAUUUUAUGCUCAGUAGUAACUAAAGCAGUGCAAACACAAUGCUUAGAGUUAAACAAUCAGUGAUCCUGUUUGCCUUCAAGGGCUACAAAUAAGUUCUCUGGGAUUUUGGGUGCUAUACUUGGGUGCAGUGAAUUCUAACUUGCAUGACACAAUUAGGAUCACUACCUGUAUUAUUCUUUGUGGUUUGCCCCGGGUCUCCUUUCAAGGAAGUUACAGAAUAGAGAAAGGGUAGGGAAAAGAUUGCUCUUUUUAAGAGUUUUGGACAUAUCACUUAAGCAAUGACUAAGAGAAGAGUCACCAUCUUCCAUGAUCCAAUAGUCAGCUGGUGAAUUGAUGAAUUCAGGUCUGGUGAGAUUUCUGUUCACACGCACACCUGAGCACACACAUUCACUUGCUCAAAUCACAUCCCUAGGGCAGAGUGGUGACAGCCUGCAAACAGCUAUACAGGUACAGAUUACAAAAGCAGUCAAGCGUGACGUGAGGAAAGGUGCUGGUUGUGGUCUUAGUAACGUAUAGUGAUGAACAUUUAAGUAUAUUUAAGUGAAGAAUAAAGUGUCAGGGGCAAAGUACUCUGUUGUUCAGUAACAGCCCAUUAUCUUUUUGCAAACUGCUACAGCAAAGCCUGAGAGUCACAACU